CAUUUCCCUUUUCACUUUUUCUUUCUCUCUCGCCGCAACACAGCGUCUUCUGAAAUCCUUCUUUCUCCUCUCUUUCACGUUUUCAACUCUCAUUUACAUUGAAGAGGGGAGGGAGAGUAGAAGGCUCGUGGUAGCGUAGGGAGCGUAGUGGUGGUGGUCGACAGCAAUGUCGUUUCUGGAGGCCGCACCGCACACGCUGACGCGGCGCCCGUCGAGGAGCGCAGCCACGACCUUCUCGACGGAGGUUUUCGACAACGACGUCGUUCCGUCGUCACUUGCCUCCAUCUCGCCGAUUCUCCGAGUGGCCAAUGAGAUCGAAAGCGAACGCCCUAGGGUUGCCUAUCUAUGUCGGUUCUACGCUUUCGAGAAGGCGCACCGGUUGGAUCAGAGCUCCAGCGGACGUGGCGUGAGGCAGUUUAAGACGCUGUUGCUGCAGCGAUUGGAGAGGGACAAUGGACCCAGUCUUGCUGGACGUUUAAAGAAGACAGAUGCAAGGGAAAUCCAGGCUUAUUAUCAGCAAUACUAUGAGCAUUAUGUCAGAGCUCUUGACCAAGGAGAGCAGGCAGACAGAGCACAGCUCGGGAAAGCUUACCAGACCGCCGGGGUGCUUUUUGAAGUGCUUUGUGCCGUUAACAAGACUGAGAAGGUCGAAGAAGUAGCUCCCGAGAUCAUUGCGGCUGCUAGAGAUGUCCAGGAAAAGACGGAGAUAUAUGCGCCUUUCAACAUUCUUCCGUUGGAUUCUGCCGGGGCUUCUCAGUCUAUUAUGCAGCUUGAAGAGAUUAAGGCGUCUGUUUCUGCUCUCUGGAAUACUCGUGGCCUGAAUUGGCCAACUUCAUUUGAGCAACAAAGGCAGAGAACUGGAGAAUUGGAUCUGCUUGAUUGGCUUAGAGCCAUGUUUGGGUUUCAGAGGGACAACGUCAGGAACCAGAGAGAGCAUUUGAUUCUGCUUCUUGCUAACUCUCACAUAAGGCUAAACCCCAAACCCGAGCCUCUUAACAAGCUUGAUGAUCGGGCUGUUGAUGCAGUGAUGAAUAGUCUGUUUAAGAAUUACAAAACAUGGUGCAAAUUUUUGGGACGAAAGCAUAGUUUACGACUCCCUCCAGGUCAGCAAGAGAUACAACAAAGGAAGUUACUUUAUAUGGGCUUGUAUCUUCUCAUAUGGGGUGAAGCAUCCAAUGUUCGCUUCAUGCCAGAGUGUCUAUGCUACAUAUUUCAUAAUAUGGCAUAUGAACUUCAUGGUUUAUUGGCUGGAAAUGUCAGCAUUGUUACUGGUGAAAACAUCAAGCCUUCUUAUGGUGGUGAUGAUGAGGCAUUCUUGCGCAAGGUUAUAACUCCCAUAUACAGAGUAAUUGAAACGGAAGCCAAGAAGAGCAGACAUGGAGCAGCUCCUCACUCAGCCUGGUGCAACUAUGAUGAUCUAAAUGAAUAUUUCUGGUCACCUGAUUGCUUUUCUCUUGGAUGGCCUAUGCGUGAUGAUGGUGAAUUUUUUAGAUCAACAUUUAAUUUGACACAGGGAAGAAAGGGUUCUCAGAAAACAUCUGGAAGAACUGUCAAAUCAAAUUUUGUUGAGACCCGGUCAUUCUGGAACAUCUUCCGCAGUUUUGAUCGUCUUUGGACCUUCUAUAUACUGGGUUUGCAGGUGUUGCUCAUUGUUGCCUGGAAAGGAAUUUCAGUGUUGGAUAUUUUUCAGAAAGAUGUCUUAUAUGAUCUCUCUAGCAUAUUCAUUACAGCAGCCAUUCUACGCUUACUUCAAAGUAUAUUGGACCUGGCUCUGAACUUUCCUGGCUAUCAUGGUUGGAGAUUUACUGAUGUGCUACGAAAUUUUCUCAAAGUCAUUGUCAGUCUUUUUUGGGUUGUUGCUCUUCCACUCUUCUAUGUGCAUUCCUUCAAAGGCGCCCCUGACUUUAUCAAGGAUAUGCUUUCCUUUACUGAUAAAAUAAAGGGGAUUCCACCAUUGUAUAUGUUAGCAGUUGCAGUUUAUCUGCUUCCAAAUUUACUAGCAGCUAUUCUCUUUCUUUUCCCAAUGCUUAGGCGUUGGAUUGAAAACUCGGACUGGCACAUUAUUAGACUUCUCCUAUGGUGGUCACAGCCAAGAAUCUAUGUCGGAAGAGGAAUGCAUGAGAAUCAAUUUGCUCUCCUAAAAUACACUCUUUUUUGGGUGAUUCUCUUGGCUGCUAAAUUUUCAUUCAGCUUUUUUGUGCAGAUCAAACCUCUAGUUCAGCCAACUAAAGACAUAAUGAGCAUUAGGCAUGUUGAUUUUGGUUGGCAUGAGUUUUUCCCCAAAGCUCGACAUAACUAUGGUGCAGUUGUUGCACUUUGGGCCCCUGUACUUAUGGUUUAUUUCAUGGACACUCAAAUCUGGUAUUCCAUCUUCUCAACUAUUUGUGGUGGUGUUAUUGGAGCCUUCGAUCGUCUUGGAGAGAUACGCACUCUGACCAUGUUAAGAUCACGGUUCCAGUCAUUGCCUGGUGCAUUCAACACAUACUUGGUUCCUACUGACAAGAAGCGGGAAAAGAGAUUCACUUUCUCGAAGCGAUUUGCCGAGAUUUCUGCAAGCAGAAGGAGUGAAGCUGCUAAAUUUGCUCAAUUAUGGAAUGAAGUUAUUUGCAGUUUCCGUGAGGAAGAUAUCAUAAGUGAUAGGAAAGGCUUCUGAGCCAAACUCUUUAGUUGCUUUUUCUCCUAAAUCCUAGCUUCUAUUCUUUCUCCUUCAUCUUUUGAUUACUGAACUAUGUUGCAUUACUCCAGGGAGAUGGAUCUUUUGAUGGUUCCAUACUCAUCAGAUCCUAGCUUGAAAAUAAUUCAGUGGCCACCGUUUCUGCUUGCAAGCAAGAUUCCCAUAGCACUGGAUAUGGCAGCUCAAUUUCGAGGAAAGGACUCUGAUCUUUGGAGGCGCAUAUGUGCAGAUGAAUAUAUGAAGUGUGCUGUGAUUGAAUGCUAUGAAUCUUUUAAAAAUGUCCUGAAUGCUUUGGUAGUAGGAGAAGCUGAAAAAAGGACAAUCUCUGUCAUCAUUAAGGAAGUUGAAAACAGCAUCUCUAAGAAUACACUUGUUGCAAAUUUUCGAAUGGGGUUUUUGCCUUCCCUUUGUAAGAAGUUUGUGGAGCUUGUGGAAAUCUUGAAAGAUGCAGAUUCAUCCAAGCAAGGUACAGUGGUGGUCUUGUUGCAAGACAUGUUAGAAGUGUUUACGCGUGAUAUGGUGGUAAAUGAGAUAAGUGAGUUGGCAGAACUUAAUCAUAGUAGUAAGGACACUGGAAGGCAACUUUUUGCUGGUACAGAUGCAAAACCCGCAGUAUUAUUCCCUCCUCUGGUUACAGCACAAUGGGAGGAACAGAUUAGACGUCUUCAUUUACUUUUGACGGUGAAGGAAUCUGCCAUUGAGGUUCCAACAAACCUUGAAGCACGCAGAAGGAUUGCAUUCUUUACCAAUUCAUUGUUCAUGGACAUGCCACGUGCUCCACGAGUUCGUAAAAUGCUGUCAUUCAGUGUUCUAACUCCAUACUACAGUGAAGAGACUGUCUAUUCCAAGAAUGACCUUGAGGUUGAAAAUGAAGAUGGUGUGUCAAUCAUAUAUUACCUGCAAAAGAUCUACCCUGAUGAGUGGACUAACUUCAUGGAACGGCUUGAAUGUAAGAAAGAUAGUGAGAUAUGGGAGAAAGAUGAACACAUAUUGCAGCUACGACACUGGGCCUCAUUACGAGGACAAACUCUUAGCAGGACAGUAAGGGGAAUGAUGUACUACCGGCGGGCUAUUAAGCUUCAGGCUUUUCUUGAUAUGGCAAAUGAACAGGAGAUACUUGAUGGCUAUAAAGCUGUUACUGUUCCAUCUGAGGAAGAUAAAAAGAGCCAUAGAUCCUUAUAUGCCAGUUUAGAGGCUGUUGCUGACAUGAAGUUUACAUACGUCGCCACCUGUCAGAACUAUGGGAAUCAGAAGCGUAGUGGAGACCGUCGUGCAACAGACAUCCUGAAUUUGAUGGUUAACAAUCCCUCACUUCGUGUGGCUUAUAUUGAUGAAAUUGAAGAAAGAGAAGGAGGAAAAGUACAGAAAGUUUAUUACUCUGUACUGGUCAAAGCUGUGGACAAUCUUGACCAAGAAAUAUUUCGAAUAAAAUUGCCUGGUCCAGCAAAGAUAGGAGAAGGGAAGCCUGAAAAUCAAAAUCAUGCCAUCAUUUUUACUAGAGGCGAAGCUCUUCAGACUAUUGACAUGAAUCAGGAUAAUUACUUGGAAGAAGCUUUUAAAAUGCGCAAUCUUUUGGAAGAAUUUAAUGAAGAUCAUGGGGUGCGACGACCUACAAUAUUAGGUGUUCGUGAGCACAUCUUUACUGGCAGUGUCUCUUCCCUGGCUUGGUUUAUGUCAAAUCAAGAAACAAGCUUUGUCACAAUUGGUCAAAGAGUUCUUGCAAGACCACUGAAGGUGCGAUUCCACUAUGGUCAUCCAGAUGUUUUUGAUAGAAUUUUUCACAUAACUCGAGGAGGAAUCAGCAAGGCAUCUUGUGGCAUCAAUCUGAGCGAGGAUAUUUUUGCUGGAUUCAACUCAACACUAAGACGCGGAAAUAUUACUCAUCAUGAAUAUAUCCAAUGCGGAAAGGGUAGAGAUGUUGGGCUCAAUCAAAUCUCACUUUUUGAAGCAAAAGUGGCUUGUGGUAACGGAGAGCAGACAUUAAGCAGAGAUAUCUACAGGCUGGGACAUCGUUUUGACUUUUUCCGCAUGCUAUCAUGUUAUUUCACGACCAUUGGAUUUUAUAUAAGCUCAGUGAUUGUGGUCCUCACAUGUUAUGCAUUCCUAUAUGGCAAACUGUACCUGUCUUUGAGUGGAUUUGAGGCUGCAAUAGUAAAGUUGGCUAGGAGAAAGGGAGAUGAUGCACUAAAGGCAGCAUUAACUUCUCAAUCCCUUGUUCAACUAGGACUUAUAAUGACUUUGCCCAUGUUCAUGGAAAUUGGACUAGAGAGAGGGUUCAGAACUGCUAUCGGUGAGCUCAUAAUAAUGCAGUUGCAGCUAGCACCUGUUUUCUUUACUUUCUCCCUAGGGACAAAGCUGCACUAUUUUGGGCGCACUCUUCUGCAUGGAGGGGCAAAGUACAGAGCAACUGGGCGUGGUUUUGUUGUUCGCCAUGAGAAGUUUGCUGAAAAUUACAGGAUGUACUCUAGGAGUCACUUUGUAAAAGGGAUUGAGCUCACAAUUUUGCUCUUAUGUUAUAAGAUUUAUGGAUCAGCAACACCUGAUUCAACGUCAUAUGGCUUUCUCUCAUGGUCAAUGUGGUUUAUGGUCUGCUCUUUUCUGUUUUCUCCUUUCCUUUUCAAUCCAUCAGGGUUUGAAUGGCAGAAGAUAGUUGAGGACUGGGAUGAUUGGCAAAAGUGGAUAAGUAUUCGAGGUGGUAUUGGUGUUCCUUCAAACAAGAGUUGGGAGUCAUGGUGGAAUGAGGAACAGGAGCAUCUGCAGCACACUGGAUUUCUGGGGCGGAUAUGUGAGAUUAUACUUGACCUGCGUUUCUUUGUCUAUCAGUAUGGUAUUGUGUAUCAUCUCAAUGUAGCCAGAGGUGACAAGAGCAUCUUGGUUUAUGCUCUGUCCUGGAUAGUGAUAGUAGCUGUCAUGGUUAUCCUUAAGAUUGUAUCCAUGGGUAGAAAGCAAUUCAGUGCAGAUUUCCAGUUGAUGUUUCGUCUUCUCAAAUUGUUUCUGUUCAUUGGAGCCAUUGUUGCUCUAGGCUUAAUGUUUACUCUGCUGAGUCUCACAGUUGGAGACAUCUUUGCGAGCCUCCUAGCCUUUUUGCCAACAGCUUGGGCAGUUAUUCAGAUAGGACAAGCAUGCAGGCCAUUCGUGAAGGGCAUUGGAAUGUGGGGUUCUGUCAAAGCUUUAGCAAGGGGCUACGAAUACUUGAUGGGAGUGGUUAUUUUUGCACCAGUAGCCAUAUUAGCUUGGUUCCCAUUUGUUUCAGAAUUCCAAACUAGGCUGCUGUUCAACCAAGCAUUCAGCCGAGGACUUCAAAUCCAGCGCAUUCUGGCUGGUGGCAAGAAGAAUAAGUAGCCACUGAACCAAACCCUCUGAAGCUAUUUGUUACACUUGCAGACACAAGUUGAGAUAAAGAUAAAAAGUUCAGGCAUACUAAGAGAGAUUUCUAUGCAAAAUUUUGUUAUGGAGCACGUACAGCAUAUGGACUGUGUAUGUAUAACAGAUAGUAUCAUCAUCAGUCCUUAACUCUGGGUCUGCAUGUUUGUUAGUGGAAGAAUUCUUUGAGUCAGUGUUGAUAAAAUCUUGUAUACGGAAGAGAGAACUAUAUCCAAAUUCCAUAGUUCUAAAAUUGUAACCUGUUGCCCUUCUUGUUUUCGUUUUCCUGGCCUCUUACGGUACCAACAUUCAAUUAAAUAUUCUUAAAAUCCUUCUCUUAGCAUUGUACUGAUCUAAUGUAUACUAAGCUGACUGUACUAACGUCCGCCAUCAGCCGAUGCAAAUUAGCGUCAGUUUACAGUCGACGCUACUCUUUGAACCACUCAAACCGCCAUCCCAACCCAAAUUGUCCUCAGAACUUGAAUCUCCCAAUCGUGUUCACUUUUCCGAAAUCGUCGAUCACUUUUGAAAGUAGAAAUUGUGCG